UCUUUAUGUUUUUUCUUGUUCUAGAACUUCUUAAGAUCAAGGACCAGUACAGCAUUCAGAAUUCAAGAAGAAACUUACAUUUACCUUUUGGAUAGAGUUGCUCAUUGACUUAAUUUUUCAUUAGAACUUCCUGCCGUGACUGCUAAAUUUUUUCAUUGAGCACUAAUAACUUACUGGGAGUACACAUCUCCGUGUGCAUAGUUAGGGCUGCUUUUCCAAGUUCAGUGAUUCACAAUUAGCAGCAUUAAGUUUCACCUCCCUCUUCACAGUGCUGUCAUUCAGCGUGCCACAGCCCUCCUACGGUCCCUCCAGGAGGAGAGCGUCUCGGAUGAGGGAGUGGCAAAGGGCCAACUAUUAUAAGGCAUGUGAGCAAAGACUCACAAGCAGCACCAGAAUGCCAGGAAUACAUCUCCCAUUCAAUUCCAUUGAGCAGAGAACAUAACAUUCUUCAGCUUGGUUCAAACAAGCAUCUCUGGACCAAAAAAUAUACAAAGCAUUGCCAAUAACCACCAAAGUUUAAUUUUUUAUUUAUUUAUUACUUUUUUUUUUUUAAGGAUUCAUCAGAGAGGUUGAAAUCUUGAAACAGAACAUUUAACCUGGAGGACAGAACUGGUUAAGGACCUUCCAGCAAGGCAGGGCUUGACUGGCAGGUCCCAUGGUGGUGACCCUGCUCUGUGUCCCUCAGCCAAGAGGAGCCCAUAGCAGUAAGCUCCCAUCAGCACUGCCUGUCUGCGCCCGAGGAGUCCCCCUGGCAGGAUGGCAGCUGAGAAUGAGAUGAAGCUACAGGAAUUUUCCUGGCAGGCUGCUGACAGCCUGUCUGUCUAUCUUUGUGGGUACAGCUCAGCCUUGGCCUGUCUUCCUUUCUCUGAUUUUGUGUUGGAGGCAGCAUCUGUGUCUUUCACAGACACGCUCAGGAGCAGAAGUCUGCUCUGUCACAGUUCAUUUUCCAGACCAAAACCAAAAUACUGAGGCUGAUUCUUGUAUGUCUGGGCUUUUUCAUUUCUGUUAAGCAGUCUUGAUUUCCCAAAUUGUGAAGGGCGAGGGGAAACCCCCUUGUUAAACAUUUAGAAAUGCCUUGCCCUGGAAGUCUUCCAUUUUUAUUGUCUUGCCACAUUUUGUGCAAAUCACCAUUUAAGUUAAGUUUCUAACUCUUUGUCAAGUUCCUUUUUAAAAAAUAGACUUUUAAUACCCUAAAAAGUAAAAGGCAGGAUAAAAUCCUUUUGUCAUGACUAGUCAUGGUUUGAUGAGUACAGUGCUCUGUAUUUGAUGAAGCGAACUGUCUCAAGCUGGGACAGAGGCUGAUCUGGAUUGGGAAGAAUCCUAGAAAUGAGAUUAGCUAGGUGAACGUGCUGACCUGUAAGAUAUAGAAGUGGCUACAAGACAAUAACAGAUCAGACAUUUCACAGCAACAUGGCAGGGUUUGGACUUAGAAUUACUUCCUGCAAAGGUCACACUGUGUCAACAGGUGAUGUCAUUCAGUUGUCUUUACUAUAUUACUGAAUAUAGUAAAGUAUAUGUUUGUGAUUAUAAAUCUAUUAAUAUUUAUUUUGAGCACUAUUUGUUUUGACAGUUUUGAGAAACUUCCUGUGGUUUGACUGUUUAUUUUAUGAGCAGAUGAUAUCCAGAUCUCAAAAUUACAUUCAAAUGAGUCAUUUUAUCAGGGUGAAAGAACACACUUGGCACAUACAGGAUGCAUGCAGGAAAAAAAAUGCAGUUCCUAAAAUGUCAUGUGAGAGUUUCUUCAGUCACUUCAGAGACAGGACUGAUGGUACUUGCUCCAACACACUGAAAUAACUGCUUCACUCAGCUGCAGAAUGCCUCAAGCCCUGGGCAAUAGCAGUUCACAGGAACAGGCUGCUGUGUAUUAUGCAUCAGAAUCAAUUGUCUCCAUUGCUGUCUUCACCAUCGUUUUCAUCAUAGGUAUCCCAGGCAAUGGGUUGGUGAUCUGGGUAGCUGGUCUGAAAAUGAAAAGGUCUGUGAACACUGUCUGGUUCCUAAACCUUGCUGUGGCUGACAUCAUGUGCUGCUUGUCCUUGCCAUUUUUCAUUGUUCACCUGGCCCUUCAUGAACACUGGCCCUACGGCUGGUUCCUCUGCAAAGUCAUUCCAUCAGUCAUAAUCUUCACCAUGUUUGCUAGUGUCUUCCUACUCGUGGCCAUCAGCAUUGAUCGGUGCCUCCUGGUGAUGAAACCUGUCUGGUGUCAGAACCACCGAACAGUGAAAUUUAUAUCGCUCAUAUGCAGUGGCAUUUGGAUGCUGGCCUUCAUUUUCUGCUGCCCUGUCUUCUACUACCGUGAGACAAGCACUUACGAAGGCAAAACAGAGUGUGGGUACAAUUCUGGAGUUGAUGAUUACAUAGAUGAUCCUGUAAAUGUAUCUGUAAAUGAGUUAUGGGACUACUCAACCUACAAUGGUAGUGACUUGUGGGGAGACAUCAAUGAAGGCAAUGAUUCUGUACCCCAUGCCUCAGCAGUAAUAAACAUCACUAGGGCUGUGUUUGGCUUUUUGCUGCCCUUUGGCAUAAUGGCAGUUUGCUACGCCCUCAUUGUUUUCAGAACACACGCAAACCAGUUUCACAAGUCACGCAACAGGACACUGCGAACAAUUGUGUGUGUGGUAGCUGCAUUCUUCAUUUGCUGGGCUCCAUACCAUGUAGUUGGGAUGCUCUCCGUUGUCCCUGGCCUUCGAACAAGGCUGAUGGAGUCACUGAUCCUGUGGGACCACCUCUCUACAGCACUUGCAUAUGCCAACAGCUGCAUCAACCCCCUACUUUAUGUUUUUGUGGGACGGGACUUCAGGGCAAAGGUGCGGCAAUCGGUGCAAAGAAUCUUGGAAAGUGCCUUUAGUGAGGAACACACAUCUUCAACCCUUCACAGAAGCCAGACUUCAGCAGACAAGAACCUGAGCAGCACCUUGUAAUGCAGGACUUCCUAUCACCACUGAAGAAGGAACAAGCUAUAGCGCUGCACAUCAAUCACUCUCCGCUUAGCAGGUGGUUUUGCUCCAAUACGUUUGAUUAAUCUGCAGCUCCAACCCAGGACACUGCAAGCAUUCAGCUCAUGACAGAUAAACAACCCCCUUUAUAUCCUACACUAGAGAGAUGGGAAGUUGGAAGCACCAAAAGCAAUAAUCUGAGGGAUGACUGGUGAAGCAGAAGACACAGUAUUUUAACCUACACAGACUAUUUUAAGAAAGCAGGGCUGGCUACAGAUUUGUGGUGGGAAUCAUGUAGUUGAACCUCUCAGUUGAGAUAAGAAUGUUAUUUUAUUUGCAUAUAUUUGUCUGUGUUCUACAUCUCCUGUGUCUGAUAAAAGUGCAGAUAAAACUACCUGGGAUAUUGGUCCUGAGAAGGUCAUCACAUCACUCCUCUGACUCUACUAGGGGUCUGAAGUGUGUAGGAAUACCUGGAGAUUCCCUAGAGUACUACUACAUUUCCUUACAGCAAGGCACUAGAACAGCACUUGCCCCAGUCAGCUGCAUUGAACUGACUUUUGUGCCCUGGCAGAUACCCCAUCUAUUUGUUUGUCCUGGCACAUACAUCACUGUAUGGUACUAACUGGUCAAUGCACAUGCUGUACCUAUGUUCAGUAGCAUGUGCACACUUGCUGUCUCCCCAACACUCCCUGCACAACCAGAGUCCCAAAUAUUUCUUUUAGGAAGCAGUUUGAGAUUAUCCAAAUGUACCUACUGUAUUCUGAGAUGGCACAUGAGCAGAAUUUGAGCAGCUGCAGUCACUGAUGACCCAGAUUAGGUGACUGCUGGACUACUAUCAGCCAUUUGGCAAAACCCUGAAACUGAGAAGUGAUAACCUCCAAUCUGACCCCAAGAAGGUAGAGAAUGACCAUGUUGUGGCUCAGUCAUGUCAAGCUCUCCUUACAAGAGAAAUGUGUUUCUUAUGUCCUUCCAGUGGAGAAAAAGUUUCAUCCAGUCAGGCUAUUUGGGGUGUUCCCAAGGUUCAAUGUUUCCUGCUCCUAAAAAGCAGAAAUACAUUUACUAGGUACUCUACAGAAGCAGUUUAAAAAUCUGCUUUUCUGUGUUAGUUCUUCCUUAAAAGAGAAAGGCCAACAAACAGUAAGACAAAUAGACACUAAGCAUUGGUAGAGUUUUCACUCUGCGUUUCUGGUGAGCAUGAAUGGAAAGAUUUCCAGAUCUCACCGCCCUGAGAACAGCCAGCUGAGAGAACCUUCAGCUCUUAAAAUCCUAAAAAGUCUCCAUCUCAAGAACAUCCAUUUAGCCACGUCCACACCCAAAUUCUAAGGUGGGAACCAAGCCAUCCUGACAGGCGCCGCUGAAAGAAAAAAAUCAAUACUGGCACCAAAACAGUUAAACCAUAAACAUUCACUUUUUCUUUUUAUUAAGAAAGCAUGCACAAAAAUAAACUCGUGAGACCACGCCCCUCUCUCCCUGACCACUGACACAAAGCACUGGGGGCCACAUUGGGCUGGAGGGGCCUGCACGACCCCUCUGUGGGCCAGGCUGGCCCCCCUGCCCUGCCUGCAGGCCGCUGCCAGCGCACCCGCAGAGCUCCACACCCACCCAUCGAUGUCUUACCACGCACUAACAACACACAUUGAUUUCAGGGGCAGAGGAACGAGGCUAAUUUGCACACUGACCGGCAUGUAUUUACAUAUGCAAAUGAGGCACAACUUAAUACGCAAAUGAGGCAAAUAUGCAAAUGAGGAGCACUUGGAUAUGCAGAAGGAGCCAUCUUGGUUUGGUUUGCUUCCGGUGGUGUUUUCAGACUUCCACAGGGCCGGCUCUCAGUAAUGUCCACUGCAAAACACUAACUGGCACCUGCCAUAAGUUCUCUCAUUGUCACCGGUGCCACUUUCCACAGAAACCUAUCACACAUGCUUCCAAAGCUGUAUCAUUCCCAUCCUGAGGCAGCAGAGAUAACAGCUGACUCCAUGUUGAAGCUGUCUGGGAUUCCUCAUUUCUCUUGGAAAUGCUCAAUGACGAACUCCCCCCCAAACUCACACUUAAACAAAACAAAAAAAAAUCCAAAACAAAAAAAAAA